AUGGCGGCGGCCAGUCUCUCCACCGACGGCACGGUCGCCUUCUUCGACGAGACGCCCUCCGACGAGGUGACCGCCUACCUGCAGGAGAAGGACGUCGAGGAGCUGCAGGCGAUGCGAGACUUCUUCAAGGGCGGCGGCAGUGGCCUCCCGCAGGAUGAGCUAGAGGAGGAGGAGGAGGAAGAUCAAUCGGACAGCUCUGAAGAGGAGAGCAUCUCGCUGAGCAGCGAGCACAGCUCCGACAAUGAGGAGGUCAGCGAUGAUGACGACGACGAUGAUGACUUUCUGCUCUCGGACGUGCCUGAAGACGGGAAUUUGGAGAUGGAGGAAAGCGAGGAGGAGGGGGAGGGGGAGAAAGAAGAAGAAGAAGCGAAGACAGCAAAGAAGGUCAGUACUGAAGAAGGCAGACAGUCCCCUGCUGCAGCUGCUGCUGUUGCUGCUGACUACGAUCCGGACGAUCUGAUGACCGAUGAUGACAGCUACGAGAUCCUGCCCCGAUUCCCGCCCGACCCGGAGGACCUCAUGACGGAGGAUGAGGACGAGGGUGACAACAACGACGAGGAGGGUGGCGAGGGUAACGACGAGGAUGAAGAGCAUCAUGAGGAUCAUCCGAAUCAGUCCCUGCCCCCGCCCCCACCGGACCACCUCCUUCCCUCGGUCUCGCUGGUCGCCCUCGCCGACAUCGACCCGAAGCGACGACUCACCCGGUCGCUGGUCACCACCGGGAAGGUGGUCACCACAGUGGCCAACAACAACCCCAAGCAGAGGAAGACUGCAACCGUGGCUGCUGCUGCCUCUGCCUCUGCCGCCUCCGCCACUGUCCAACAGCCUAAGAAGCGCAAGAAGCGAAAGCGCAUCAUUCCCCGUGACCUGUACGUCCGCCGACCAAAGCCCGUCCCCAAGAAAGUCCCAACAGAUGACGCACCUUCGGACAGACCGCCCCUUCGAAGCAGCAAGCGCAAUGCGGCCACCGUCGCCAAGGAGAGCAUUCGCCUCACUGCGCUCAAUCUCUACUGA